UCGUCGCGGCGAGACGGGCCGCGGUCCAGGCUUUAAAUUCAAAGAGCCGACGGGAAAGGAAUGACGCUGGAAAAUCCGUUCUUUGUCGUCAAAGACGAGGUGUGCAAGGCGUUGAACAAGAAUCGCGGUUUGUACGGACGAUGGAACGAGCUGCAGGACGUCGCGGUCACGUCGCCGACCGGUGGCGCGCCGAUGAACGGCUCGACACCGGCGAUCUCGCGCACCGAGGAACUCGACUGGACCACCACCGAGCUGCGGAAGGCACUCCGCUCCAUCGAGUGGGACCUCGACGACCUCGAGGACACAAUUUGUAUCGUUGAGAAGAACCCGACGAAGUUCAAAGUGGACAACAAAGAACUGACCAUUCAACGGAGCUUCAUCGAGCAGGCGCGGGAGGAAGUCAAGAUCAUGAAGGACAAACUGAACCUGAGCAGAAGCCGAGAUCGUGACAACACGGCACGACAGCCGCUUUUGGACAAUAGCCCUGCGCGAGUACCCACCAAUCAUGGAACCGCCAAAUACAGCAAGCUGGAAAAUGAAAUAGACAGCCCAAACAGACAGUUCCUCAGCGACACCAUGCAACAACAGAAUGUUAUGAUGAGGCAGCAGGACGAACAGUUGGACAUGAUCGGGGAAACGGUUGGCACUUUGAAAACAGUAUCCAGGCAGAUCAACAAUGAACUGGAUGAGCAAGCUGUGAUGUUAGACGACUUCGGAAAUGAGCUGGAGACGACAGACUCCAAGCUCGACGCCACCAUGAAAAAGAUGGCCAAAGUACUGCACAUGAGUAAUGGUAAUUAUAACAAUUAUAUUCCCGCUCCCACUACUCCCUCAGCAUCUAGUGUUGCUGAUCUUGUUUCUCCCGAUAACAAACCUUCUUCUCUCUCCUCCCUGUCUACCACAAUAGUUAAUUGUUUCCUAUGUUCUAAUGAUUAAUUGUUCUCAUGUGUUUAGGCAUAAUUGACAGCAUUAAUGAGAGAUAUUGCAGCUGUAUUUUUCAAUUAUAGAGUUAUUUUUUAAUGAAUUUUAUUAAAAGUAUAUCUUUUUGAAAGACAUAGAGAAACAAAGAUACAAAUAGAAUAACUAAACUAUACAAAAAAAUAUUAAGAAAUAUAUAUAUAGAUAUAUAAAAUAUAUAAUUAUAAAUAAUAUAAAAAGUAUUAUACAAAGAUUAUAUAAGUUUUGAAAAGUUGCAGCUUUGCAUUGUUAUGUUUUAUUGAUGCUGUUGAAGUGUUUUUUUUUUUUUUUAACACACUUUCACUAUACUUUUAGCUGAAGAAAAUAAUUGUUUUUCUCUCUCAUACACUUUGUUUUACAAAUUUGUGGCUUAAAUUUGAUAUUUUGACAUAACAAACACAUCGUAAUUAGGAAUAAUUAGAAAUGUUUAAUUUUUUUGCUAAAAGUUUUUUCCAUUAAGUUAGAGAUAUAUCUAGUCUACUUUUGUUAAAAAGACAACACUUCUAUUACAGAAGAGGAAGAUGUUGUUAAACAAACAGGCUAUGUUUGUAGAAUAUUUUAAUACUUUAUUGCAAUAUCAGUUGUGCAAUUUAUAUUGAUGUCGUGCACACCUUACCUGUGUCUUAGGAAAUUAUUUACUGAAUUGUAUCUAAAUUUUUAUCUUUGAUAAUCGUAUUAUCUCGUUUAAAACAAUUAGAUUUUUUGUUUCACUUACCUGUUUUUUAAAUAUUUUGCAUUACAUAUAUUUUGCAUAUACAUUUUAAGUUUGCACACAUUUAAGUAUAUUGUGUAAAACAAAUUGCAUAUUUUUAGAAAGAGCAACACACGGCAAUUUAAAAGUUUCUUCUCUUUUUUUUUUUUAACAUCUUACAAAAACAAUUUAGAACUUGGUAAAUAAUUUCUGCAGGUAAAUAACUUACCAAAUAAGUUUUAUUACUAAAAACCACUCUAAAAGCCUUUAAACAAAACUAACAACUUUUUUGUUUUAACAUACAAGAUAUAUAUGUUAAGUAAUAACACUAAGUAGAAAUAAAAUAUUACGAAUAAAAUGAAAGGGAAAAUGAAGAAAAGUAGAUCUUUUUUAGAUUAGACGCAGGUGGGUACUAUAGAAUAUAGAUCUCUCCCUUCCUAUCUCUCGAUAGAUCGAUAUGUACCGUAUUACGUCAGUUGAUGUAAGUUUUAAAAGUUUAGAAAACAAAGGAGACCUAAGUAUUUGAAUUCUAAUUGCUGCUACGGUAAGAUGACGUAGUUUGUUAUAUAACGAGUUGUAAUUACCAAAGACACGUUGAACCUUCUUGUUCGAAAAGCGCGAGUUUACACAGUGUUAAAAAUCGGAUGGACGGACCAGUUAGACAAUUUCAAGGGUAUAUACAAUUUAAUAGAAAUUAUAUAUUGCAGAGAGAACAGAGCGUGGCGGUUGUUUGAGCAUGUACAGAGUGAUUAUCCAUUAAGAUAAAACGAAAAAAAAAAAAAAAAA